AUGAUUAAGGACGAGAACAUCAUCGUCCCCAUCGAGCUGUCCCAGAUCGUGAGUUCGGCCUGCCGCGCCCAGCUCUGCAUCAGCCGCGACCCCUCCCAGGUCUACGUCAAGUCCCUCGAGAACGAGGGCGAGAUGACCUUCAAAACGGCAACUCCUACACCGGCGACAUCCGUCACGGAAUGCUCCACGUUGAGCAGUGAGCGCAGGGCCGGCCCUACGCUUACAAUCUAUCAGCAAAUCCUGCGGGCGAAGGACUACCCGAAUGUCAACUUGGAGAGAGUGGGCAACAUCUUGCUGCGGAACAACUCCCAACUGAAGCACUGCUAUCGCUACCUCGCCCAGAAGGUGGAGGCGGCACAUGCUUUUUAUUUUGGAGUCAACCUGGAAGGCUACUGGGCCCUGUUCAACCUGGUGUCCACGCUCGAACGGCUGACCAAAGACGAAAGCAAAGAAAGCAAGGAGAGCAAAUCCGCAGAAGACAAGUCUUCUGCCUCCACCCUCAAAAGGGAGGUACCAGAUUACGCAAGGGCUUUGAACCUCGAGCUCUUUGAAUUGGCCUGCAGGCAGUCCCGGCUGCUGGGGUUCGAAGACAAGACGGUGGUCAGGCGGGUUCAGGUGAACGAGCCGGCCAACUCAGUGCUACUCGAGCUGGAACUCACCCAGGACUACCGCAAGGCCAGGGCCCUCUUGCAGGAGUCGUUGAGCUACGUUCCCCAUGUAGACAUCAAGCUGGCCCCGAAGUAGCAGAAGAUGACCCAGGCCAAAGGCAAUCUUAAGGCCAUCGGCAAGGUCUUGGCAGUCUACAGCUGUAAAGGCGGAGUUGGCAAGUCCACGGUGGCCGCGAACCUGGCCUACCGGCUGGCGGGGCUGGGCAGGCGCGUGGGCAUCUUUGACGCGGACCUGUUCGGGCCUAGCCUCCCGACCCUAAUCGGCACUGAGGACCAGAUCCUCCAGCCAAAAGAGCCCAACUCGCCAGAAAUUCUCCCGGUCCUCCACCAAGGCGUCAAAACCAUGUCUAUGGGAUAUGUGGGACAGAAGAAGACCGUUCUCAGAGGCCCGAUGGUGUCUUCCGUGCUGACCCAGCUGCUGGGGUCCACUGUCUGGGGCGAGCUGGACUACCUGGUGGUCGACAUGCCGCCCGGCACCAGCGACGUGCAGCUCACUCUCUGCCAGGAGGUAACGCUCGACGGGGCAGUGAUCGUGUCGACGCCCCAGAAACUGGCCUUCAUUGACACUGCCAAAGGCAUCGAGAUGUUUCAGGAGCUGAACGUGCCGGUGCUGGCAGUGGUGGAGAACAUGGCCUACCAUGAAUGCGAGAACUGCGGACACACCUCGCAUGUGUUCGGCAGGGGCCACAUGUCCGUCCUCACCGAGCAGUACGGCAUCACUGGAGCCUUCCAGAUGCCGCUCAAGGGGCUGAUCGCCAAAAUGAGUGACAGUGGCACCCCUCUCACGCUGAUGACCGAGCCCACCACUGAAAACAAGCUGUUCGAGCGGGUGGCCCUGCACGUGGAGGAGGAGUUACGCAGGCCGAGGCAGCAGACCCUCAUCAGGUAUGACGCCGCCGCACAUCAGUUGGUGCUCCAGCAGGACCAGCGGGAGAAGCGCAUCGAGCCGAGAACACUGCGGCUGCUGUGCAAGUGCGCAGCCUGCGUCAGCGAGUUCACAGGACAGAAGAUGCUGCAGGAGGCGGAGGUGUCGCAGGACGUGCACCCGGUGGCUCUACAGAGCAAGGGGAACUACGCGCUGGGGGUGCACUGGUCGGAUGGGCACAAGUCGAGCAUCUACCCGUUCACCAGACUGUUUUCGUAG